AUGAGAACCGCCGACUAUAUCACCUACUUCCUUGCCUACGCCGGAACAGUCGCAGGUCAAGCACUUGGCAAGCCAUCUCUGAACUACCUUGGCCUUGUGAACGUGACACUCGGAUCAGCCUUGGACGCUGGAGAUGUUGGGCUCGGCCAGCAAGUAACGAUUCCGAUAACUGGGGGCACUGUCAGCGGACCAAGCGUUACUGGAAAGGUCCUAUCGUUUGGCGCCGACUACGGGUCAUAUGAUGCCAAGGGGUUCUACCAUCCUGACGCACGCUUAAAUGUACAAACUGACGAUGGCGCAUUGAUUUACCUGCAACUGUUUGGGACACAGCUGGAAAAUGACGACGGCCAAGCAGAUAGCCACCGGGGCAUCGUCAGGGUCAAAUAUGAAACGGGGCAUGCCAAUUAUACGUGGUUGAACUUCGUCGCUGCUACGGCCAUCUACGAGUUACCUGCUGCUGGCCAAGAUACAUAUCUGGUUGCUGAUAUUUGGGAGACAAAACCUGCCCAGAACUAGACAUUUACUUGAUUUAUGUGCCAAGAAUGCUCAUUCUAAGGGUAAUAACAUUCCUGAUUGAUAUAUAUUAGAAAUUGGACUUUGACUCACCAAAAAAAGGAUGCCUGAGAAGGAGGGAAGAUCUCUUUGCGAGUGCGACAAGUCAGCCGCAUGAUUCUUUGUUAUGGCAUGUUGUGG